CGACAAGGAGUUGCGUACCUUUAAUACCCUCUAUUUUACUUAAAGAAGUUAGCGCGGGCGCGUUAUGAAAAUAUUGUUAACAAGAUUUAACUUUAUUACACUGAAUCUGGAUGUCAUUCAAAUAAAUAAACUUAGGUGAGGAUGUCUGCAGGUGUGAUAAGGAGGUUGGAUGAGGUUGUGGUGAAUCGUAUUGCCGCAGGGGAGGUAAUUCAGCGUCCAGCAAACGCCCUAAAGGAGAUGAUAGAAAACAGUAUUGAUGCCAAGUCUACAAAUAUAACAGUGACAGUGAAGCAAGGAGGCCUUAAACUGCUGCAGAUUCAAGACAAUGGAUCUGGAAUCAGGAAAGAUGACAUGGACAUUGUUUGUGAGAGAUUCACCACCAGUAAGUUGUCAAGUUUCGAGGACCUGAACUCCAUAGCAACCUAUGGUUUCCGUGGUGAAGCUCUAGCCAGCAUCAGCCAUGUGGCACAUGUUACCAUUCUGACUAGAACAGGGGACUCCAAAUGUGCCUUCAAAGGGAUGUACUUGGAUGGGAAAUUGAAAGAAGCUGUUAAACCAUGUGCUGGGAAUUUAGGAACACAGAUCACAGUGGAAGACUUGUUUUACAAUAUAUCCACCAGACGAAAGGCACUGAAGAGUCCAGCUGAAGAACAUGCUAAAAUUGUUGAGGUGGUAAGCAGGUAUGCUGUCCAUAACUGUAAAGUUGGAUUUACCCUGAAAAAACAUGGAGAGGCAGUAGCGGAUGUGAGGACCCCACCAAACUCAUCCUUUGUUGACAACAUUCGAACUAUAUUCGGGCCCUCAAUAGCGAGAGAGUUACUGGAGGUGAGCCACUAUGAUGACAAGCUCUCCUAUAAAGUACAUGGAUUUGUAACCAACGCAAACUACAACAUGAAGAAGGGAACCUUUUUGCUGUUUAUUAACCAUCGACUUGUGGAAUCCAGUGCUCUCAAAAAGGCGAUUGAUCUGGUAUACCAGGCCUACCUUCCAAAACACACGCAUCCGUUCCUCUACUUAAACUUAGAAAUAUCGCCCCAGAAUGUUGACGUCAACGUUCAUCCAACAAAACAUGAGGUGCGGUUCUUGCAUGAAGACGCGAUUAUAGAAGGCGUACAGAAAGUCAUCGAAACAAGGCUGCUUGGAUGCAAUGUCAGCAGGACAUACUUUGUUCAGGCUUUGUUGCCCGGAGCAAGCGUUAUUACUGAAAAUAUGCAAGAGGAAAAUAAGUCUUCAGAAUCCAGCAGCAAGCUGUAUGCACACCAGAUGGUAAGAACUGACAGCAAAGACCAGAAACUAGAAGCAUUUUUCAAACCAGCUAAUCAAAAUGAAGACAAGUCAUGCAAUGGAAACCAGCCACCUGUGUCAUCCAAUCAGAUGGAAGCAGUUACCUCCUCAUCCAAUCAAACAUCAGAUCCAAAUGAUGCCACAGAGAGUUCAUCAUCAAAUAAUAAACAAAGCUCAGUAACACUUCCACAGUGUGGAAGCCAACCAAAGAGGCGGGAAAUAAAGCUGACCAGUGUCCUUGACCUUCAAAAGAAAAUCAAGGACAACAUACAUAAAGGCGUGCGUGAGAUGUUUGCCGACCACGUGUUUGUGGGCUGUGUCGAUGAGGAGUUUGCAUUGAUGCAACAUCAGACCAGACUUCUACUGGUCAACACCACCAAACUCAGUAAAGAGAUGUUUUAUCAACUUUUCAUCUUUGACUUUGGAAAUUUCGGCCUUCUACGACUCUCUGAGCCUGCGCCAAUCUAUGAGCUGGCCAUGAUGGCCCUGGAGUUGGGAGAGAGUGGCUGGACAGAGGCGGACGGUCCCAGGGAAGACCUCGCCAAGUAUAUUGUCAGCUUCCUGUCCUCCAAGGCUGAAAUGCUGCACGACUACUUCUCCAUAGAGAUUGAUAAGUCAGGAAAUCUGCACACCUUGCCACUUGUGUUGGAUAAUUACAUUCCUGAUAUGGAAGGACUGCCAAUGCUGGUGCUUAGACUAGCUACAGAAGUUGACUGGGAUUCUGAGAAAGGGUGUUUUGAAACCUUCUCUAGAGAAAUGAGUCAUUUCUAUGCCAUAAAGAAGCCCCAGUUUGCAAGAAGUGAAGACUCUCAAACAAGCAAGGACUCCAGGGAUCAUGGCACUUGGCAAUGGACGACUGAGCAUGUUAUUUAUCCGGCCCUGCGCAAUCUAUUCUAUCCACCUCGACAAAUGGCCCAAAAUUCGACAGUGUUACAAGUGGCAAACUUACCUGACCUUUACAAAGUGUUUGAACGAUGUUAGUGCGUUUUUGUCUUAGUCAGCAUCAGUGGGUGUCUGUCAGCAUUUAUUUUAUUUUUGAAUAAAGUUAUUUCAUAUUUCA